GGCUGGUUGGUUUGCUAGCAAUUGCGCUCCAAGAUAGAAGAAGUAAACGCGAACGGCAUGCUUGUACACGCGAGAAGGAUAAAAGUAAAAUCGCGAUCGCGACAAAGGCAAAAGUGUUCGUAGUUUAUGUCGGUUUCACGAAACCCGGCCAAGAAAGAAAGAUUGAACGAGCGCUGUUAGAACAACGAGGACAAAAGUAAAUAGCGAAGAAAAAGAAAAUAAACGUACGCGCGCGACGAGCAAAAUCAGAAAGAGGUGGAAAAAGAAACGAGAGCAUAGAAGCGAGACGAUGAUACGACGGAACGGUUCAAGCAAGAAAAGAGUGAACGAGAGCGCGAGAAGGACACAUUAGUGAAAAAGGGGGGCACGGUGGUGCGGUGCCGGCUGCCUUCGGCGAGUCGACAGUUUGGCGUUCGGUGUUGCUAGGCGCGAGGGCCACUGUCAGUGCCAAGGCGGCAGCCGGCAACCUUCUCGCGACCGCGAAUCAUUGCCACAUUUUUCUUGUUUCUCUCGCGUACGCAUUCCGUCAUUCUUGUUGCUCUUUCUCACGGUUCGUUCCGAUAUUUCAUUAUUGUUUCUCGUCGCGAGCCAUGAUUCCCGUCGCGAUGCAUUUCGAGACUGUUCCAACGGUGAACCCAUCCGGCACCCAGCAGCCGGGUUGGCUUUCUCCGGCAGCACUGCGUCGUCGUGGUGUUGCGUCUGCGUGCGUGUGUGCGUGAAAACCCUCAGAAAGGACAUUCGGCGAGGACAUGCGAAUUCAGUAAAGUGAUGGACGAUAGGACACCUUUUGAACGAUCGGUUUCGACUCACGGAAUUACAGCGUUAAAAAACAAUGGCUCACCAUGGUACCGAUAACCAGUGAGCAGACUCCAUUGCGAGUCCGAGUCCUUCAAGAUGGACCUGAUCCUCGACAUCAACAGCUGGUUGUAUCCAAUGGAAUUAGGUGAUAAAUUUCGAUUGGUACUUGCAACGACCUUGAGGGAGGACGGGUAUCCGGAUGGAGGGGAAUGGAACGCGACGGAACAGGAAGGAGGCUCCAGAGCAGACAGUUUCGAAUACGUGAUGUCCGGUAAAGUUUACCGAAUCGAAGGUGACGAGGCCAGUAACGAGCCCAGCAGUAGACUAUCCGCUUACGUAUCCUUUGGAGGACUACUGAUGAGGCUACAGGGUGACGCGAACAACCUACACGGUUUCGAGAUUGAUCAACAUAUGUACCUGCUUAUGAAGAAAUUAGCGUUUUAACUGCGUUACACGUUGCACAUGGAGUGUCACUCGAAGCAAACUUACAUUAGAAAUGAAUUUGUAAUUCUAAGAGAGAGUUUAUUAUCACAAAGUUUGUACUAACAGUUUAUUGGUACACGUCUACAUUAAAAAGAAGUCUUACAUUCAAUGAAAAUUUUCAAGCAUUGUCACUGCCACUACAGUAUUUGUGACACAAAAUAAAUAAAAAUAUUUUUCCAUCUAUGAAAUACCUCCUUAAUCCCUGCUAUCUCUAAUGAGUUACUAUUAUCCAUCAAAAUUUGUAAGAAAGAUCAAUAGAGAACAGUAUUUUAUAGUU